AAGGUGGAAGAAUUUUCUUUCGCGGUUUCGUCUAAUUCGGAGAUGGAGAAUGCUGGAAACCAGGAGAUAGUCUCACAGGGGACUCACACAGUGUGUACGCCUUUAAUCCCAGCGCUUGGAGACAGAGGCAGGUGGAACUCUGAAUUUGAGGCCAGCCUGAAGAGAUUGAGCAGCACAGGAAAGCCAAGAGAAGUGGACUGCCUGAUGUCUAGUCAACCGAACACAUCCUUUGCAAAGCCCCCUGCAAAGAAAAAAAGAGCAAAAAAGACAGCAAAAGAGGACGAUUGUAAAUCAAACAAGAAAGCAGGAGAUGCUGAGACUCCAAAACCCACUCCUAGGAAAAUACCAGUUCCUCCUCUACCGGAUUAUCUGCCCCCAGUGAACCUGAUUCACCGAGACAUUUUGCGGGAAUGGUGCAAGAAGCAGAAGCUGAGCAGCAAAGGCCAGAAAUUAGAGACUUACAAACGACUCCUUGCAAGUUCUUACCCCAAACAAAUGACCGAAUUAGACAACAUUCCUGACACACCGAGAGAGGCCAGGGUGAAGAUACGUAGGAAAAAAUUGAAGACGGAGACGGAGGAGGGACAAGAGUCUUGUCCUCAGGUGAUAGUGCCUCUUGAAGUGGUUCCUGUACCUGAGGAGCAGAUGCCUGCCCUUACUGAACCGCCUGUCCUCUAUGAAGAGGUCAGCACGACGGUUGUGACCACAACCGCCUCUGAGGCAGUGUUGGCCUCUUGGUCGAGGAUUGCAGCCAAUGCUAACAAGAAUGUGGCCCUGCAGUCCAUUAAAACACCCGAGACAAACGGGGAUCUGUGGUGUGUGGUCCAUGGGAGAAGCCUUCCAGCAGAAUCAAGAGGUUGGGUUCGGCUUCAGUUCCACGCUGGACAAGCCUGGGUACCUGAGAAGAAGGGGAAAGUGAUUGCCCUCUUCCUGCUGCCGGCCUGCACCUUUCCGCCCCCACACCUGGAGGACAACAUGCUGUGCCCCUCGUGUGUUCACAAGAACAAGAUCCUCAAUAAGAGCCUCCAAGGAUAAAGGGAAUCUCAGGUGUGGGUAGCUGCUGUCAUUACCUACUCCUUGGAGUGAGAUAUGGAACUGCAGCCAAGACCGAGACUGAUGGGAAUUCACACCUGUGCCCUUGAAGGUGCCCGGAUCAGCCAGAAGCCAUGAGGCCUUGUUUGUUAUUUGUUGCUGCAGUACUAGCAGCUUGGAAAAAGAGCUACCAAAACACAGCAGGUCCACCUCUUCCUUGUGAGGACUGCAUACUCUUAAGUGACUAUGCCUUUUACUGUUGUGUGAAAAUAAGGUUUUGCUGGGGUGGGAACUGGCCAGAUACAGUUCUUACUUGUACUGCCACCGCCACAAGGGGGUCAUAGGCAGUUCUGUGGUCCCCUGUAAAGAUUUAGCUUAUGAUUGUAGCCUCUGCAUGUCCCCUUUCCUGGGUUGUAGUAUGUUUGUUAGUGUGUAGUGCUUGGGUUUGUUUUCUAUUGUUGCAGUAUUAAACCAAAUCUGGGUUUUGCCUUUUUCUGUUUGGUUCCUUUUCCCUGAAUCCCUUCUGCCUCUCUCUGGACAUCAUGCUGUUUGUUUGUUUGUUUGUUUGUUUUGGGGAGUUCGAGACAGGGUUUCCUCUGUAGCUUUGGAGCCUGUCCUGGAACUAGUGUAGACCAGGCUGGCCUUGAAUUUAAAAAGAUCAUCUGGGGGGCUGGAGAGAUGGCUCAGUGGUUAAGAGCAUUGCCUGCUCUUCCAAAGGUCCUGAGUUCAAUUCCCGGCAACCACAUGGUGGCUCACAACCAUCUGGAAUGAGGUCUGGUGCCCUCUUCUGGCCUGCACGCAUACACACAGACAGA